AUGGAGCCAUAUUUGGAGUCAAUCGAUCCUGAUCGGAACCUGAUAGAGGCGUUCGUGGCUGAUUACUACCGCCACGGAUUAGUCGAUGUCGACACACUUGUGUGGCCUCGGGAGAAUAUAGGCAAACCAACAUUUUAUUUUCACGAAGACACCUUCGAGCCACCCAUCGCAGAGGAGAUUCGUGGGCCUUUCAUGGAUGCGUAUUAUCUUCUGUCGCGCAUUCCUCUUAUGCCAGAGAUGACAGACCCCAUCUUCGCCGGCCUUCUUAGACGUGGGUGGAAUAUGUUAGAAUUUGCCAACCUGUGA